AUGUCGUCCCCCGCUCGCCCACCGCUCGACUCCUCUCCGCUUGUCGGCGCGGACAAUCCGCCUGCAUUGCGCGUGCCGUGCACGCAGGAGAGGCAGGAGGCGCAGGAGGCGCAGGGUGCGCAGGAGCGGCUGGAGGCGCAGGAGCGGCUGGAGGCGCAGGAGCGGCUGGAGGCGUUGUGGCAGGAGGUGGAGGAGAGCGACAGCACGCGCAGCCUGCGGUCGCCCAGCGAUGCGUCGCCCGCUGCGACCUCGUCGCCCCGCCGCCUUGCCAGCGGCAGCUUCACCAAUCGCCGCGUUCGCUCGCUGUGGUCGGCGGGGUCGCCGCUCUCGUCGCCGCAGCAGGCGCGCAGCGCGCGUCACACGCGCCAGUGGUCGGCGGCGGCCGUACCCUUCUCCUUCUCCUUCUCCUCCCCGCUCCACCCCUCCGCGCUCCCUGCGGACGCCCAGUCGUCACCACGGCAUCCCCUCACUCCCACGGCGGACGGCAAGGCGCAGGCGCACGGGGACGGGGAGGUGCGAGCGGAAGCGGAGCGGGCGGCGGGGCACAAGCCGUCCAAGUCGGCGGGGUCGCUGCCGUUCCUCCAGCUGGGGCAGUGGUCGCGCUCCUCCCCCAACCUCCGCUCCCCCAUCAGCCCCCCCGCCGCUCCCACCUCCCCGUCCACCACUUCGCCCAGAGCCGCCGCAGCGUCGGUGGCGCGCGCUGUAUCGGCGACGAGCGCCGAGGCGCCGGAUAUUCUGGAAAGCCGCACCUUCGACCCAAUCGCGUCGCCCGUUGCGCUCGCCGCCGCCCCGCCUGCGUCGCUCUCUGACGCGCGCAGGUCGGCGGAAGCGGAGGUUGCGGGUGGCGGUGGGAGCAGCCCGUUGCGGGGCGGCGGAUGGCGCAAGCCCGUGGCGGGCGGGAGGCGCAGCGAGGGCGGAAAAGAGCAGACAGUGACUGCUGAGAUGGGGGAGGGCGCGGGGGAGAGGGCGAGUGCAGGGGAAGAGGACAAGGGGUGGGCGUCUGGCAGUGGGCGGGGCAGCAGAUGGCGCGCCAAGGCAGCCCUGCCGCAGCUGAACGUGCGCCGCACCUCCGUCGCCAGCCUGCAGCCCAGCACGCAGCAGAGCGCGCAGCAGAGCGCGCAGCAGCAGGCGCUCAAAGUGCUGCACCAGCGCUGCCCGCCCUUGUCGCCCUCCACCUCCCCCCACGCCUCCCCCAAACUCUCUCCCAACGCUCCUUCCAACGACCCCGCAGCAGCAUCCGCCAAGUCGCUCCUGAGGUCGCCGCGCUCCCCCUGUGCGGCGGCGGCAGCAGCAGUAGCAGCGUCGCCGCGGUCGCAGGUGGUGGUGGUGCGGAGCUUCGUGGAGCACCGCAGGCGAGUGGCGGAGGCGGAACAGCGAGAGGCCGCGGAGCUGGGGGAGGCAGCGGUGGGAGGGCGCGCGGACCCGGAGGGCAGGCGGGGAGGCGUGAGUUGGAAUGGGGCAGUGCAGAGCACGGACGAGGCGGCAGCAGCAGGGGGUGCAGAGGGGGAGGCAGCAGAAGGUUCGGGGAUCCAGCAGGGGAGUGGCAGGGGGGCGGACAGGUUGGCGCCUGGCGUGGCGGGCACAGCGGGCGUGCAGCGCGGGGAAGAGCGGAUGGACGCGGGCAUGACACAGGCCGGUGGGCACGUGCGCGGUGGGGGUGAGGGCGAGCAGCUGCGCGUGCAGGCGACUGUGGGAGGUGGCAGUCCGCCAGCGAGCAGCGCGGGUGGGAGAGGGGCAGGUGGGCACGGGGAGCGAGGCAGGGAGGAGGAGCAGGUCAGAGCGGUUCUAACCUCGCCCUGCCCGGCGCCCAGCGACCUCUACCCCUCAUCCCAGCAGGAGUGGCUCACAGCGGAUGAUGGCACGGCGAGGCACAGGCAGGCGAAGGAGGCGAGGCAGGAGAGGCGGGGCGAGAGGGGCCAUGGUGACGAUGCAGGCAGCGUGAAUGCCAUGUCUGCCAGCUUCCACAGCCACUCCUCUCCGCCGUCCAAGCCACCUCAAAGCCCCCGACCUGCUGUGAGCCCCAAGCCACGCUCGCACGCACCGCGCAGCUCUGUGAGCCUUGGCAGCCUUGCCUCCCCUCGGGGCACUGCCCCGCCCCACGCCCUUGACCCCGCCCACCGCCCUGCUGCCAGCCCCUCCCACCCCCUCCGCUCCUCCAACCCCUUGGUCCCUCCACUCUCUCUGUCGCCGCCCCUCGCCCCUGGCCACUCGCAGCACAGCCCCUGA